AUGACGGCGGAGAAGCAUAUUGAGAGUUACCCGGGCUAUACAGAACCCGGGGUCAAUGAAAAAGAUCGCACCUCUGCACCGGAAGAUGACAGCUCGAGUGACGAUGUUCAAUCCCUCAGAGACUCCGCUGGCGACGAAGAGUCUGGGUUUGAUCAAAUUAAGGACCUCGCGAAGACAUCUACGAAUGUGAGCCACGUUGGCGCGUUAGCAGCUAGAACGCUAUCAAUCGUGCGCACCAGAGAGUCAGGCAAAGAUAUUGGCCCGCCUCCAGACGGGGGCUUCCUGGCGUGGUCGCAGGUGCUCAUGGCACACUUUGUCAUCUUCAACACAUGGGGUUACAUCAACAGCUUCGGUGUGUUCCAGACGUACUACACCGAGACUUUGGGCCGGUCUCCAUCAGAUAUCUCCUGGGUGGGAAGCAUUCAGAUCUUCCUGCUUUUCUUCAUUGGCACGUUCUCCGGCCGCGCCACGGAUGCUGGCUACUUCAAGCUCAUUCUGACGCUAGGAGCCACUCUGCUCUUAUUCUGCAUUUUUAUGACCUCUCUCUGCACUCAGUACUGGCAACUUUUCCUCGCGCAAGGUGUUGGACAGGGAAUCGGAUGCGGCCUCAUGUUUUGCCCCACAAUCGCACUCACACCUACAUACUUUAGCAAGAAUCGGUCCCUCGCCAUUGGAAUUGUGGCCUCCGGGUCUGCAACUGGUGGCUUGGUCUUCCCUGCUGUCGUCAUGCGCCUGCUGCCGCGCGUGGGGUAUGGAUGGACUAUGAGGACACUGGGUUUCAUCUCCUUGGCAACCCUAACCCCCUGCCUGGUCUUCCUGAGACAGCGUCUUCCACCGCGCCGAAGUGGACCAAUCGUCGAAUGGAGUGCCUUCAAGGAACCAUCUUACUUGUUCUUCGCCAUCGGCAUGUUCCUGAAUUUCUGGGGCCUAUACAUCGGGUUCUUUUACAUCGGCAGCUUCAGCCGCGACAUCAUCGGCGUACCCUCAUCUACAUCAAUCGACGUCCUCCUACUAAUGAACGGCAUUGGCCUCCUCGGCCGACUCAUCCCGAACCUUAUGGCCGACCGAUCCACCGGCCCGCUGAACAUGCUGAUCCCAUUCAGUUUUUCGACCGGACUUAUCGCCUUCACCUGGGCAGCAGUCCACAAUUUGAGGAGCGUCUACGCCUUCAGCGCCUUCUACGGUCUGGCCGCAGCCGGCAUUCAAUCUCUCUUCCCGGCAACACUGAGCACGCUGACGACGGAUCUGAAGAAAAUGGGCGCGCGAAUGGGCAUGGUGAUGAGCGUCGUUGGCAUCGCGGCCCUCAUCGGGUCCCCCAUUGCUGGAGCUCUAGUUCAGCGCGGGGACGGUGAUUACCUGUACGCGCAGAUGUUCAUGGGGAGUGUGAUUCUUGCGGGAACGAUGUUCUUGAUAGCGGCGCGGGUGGCUAAGAUUGGCCUUGUAUGGGCGCGUGCAUGA